UCUCGUCUCUCCGCUCCAGUCAAGCCGAGGUCGUCCAUUGAGUUUCGGGAAGUUGGUGUAGUUAGUGAAACUUGACAAAAUGGCAGAAGACAACAGUUAUGAGUCGAUACUUUGUGUGAAGCCCGAGGUUCAUGUGUACCGGAUUCCGCCGCGGGCCUCAAACCGAGGCUAUCGAGCUGCUGACUGGAAGCUGGAUGAGCCUGCGUGGAGUGGUAGGAUGAAAAUCACUGCCAAGGGCAAAAUAGCCUUCAUCAAGUUAGAGGACAAAAACUCAGGAGAACUGUUUGCCCAAGCCCCAGUCGAACAGUAUCCAGGAUGUGCCGUCGAAGCAGUCACAGACUCUAGCAGGUACUUUGUGGUACGGAUAGAGGAUGGCAAUGGACGUCACGCCUUCAUUGGUCUCGGUUUUGCCGAUCGUGGAGACUCCUUUGACUUCAACGUGGCUUUACAAGACCAUUUCAAGUGGGUGAAGCAAGAGGGCGAGCUUGCAAAACUAGAGGCUUCUCAGAGCUCAGCACCUAAACUGGAUCUUGGCUUCAAAGAGGGACAGACAAUCAAAAUCAGCAUUGGGAACAUCAAAAAGAAGGAUUCAGCUGGUGCAAAAUCGCGGCCGGUGGGUGGGGGUCUCCUCCCACCCCCACCAGGAGUGAAGGCCGGUGGCCUCCUAACACCUCCUCCAGGCCAGCAGACAGCCCCUGCUACACAAACAAACACCGCGCCUCUGGUAGACUUUGGGUCUCCCAUCUCUGCAGCCCAACCAGCUACUGACGUGUGGGGGGAUUUUACAUCUGCAGGUUCCAACUCCAGUAAUGAAACAGUCAAAUCAGGAUGGGUGCAGUUUUAGUCGAGCGCCGGAAAACACGUGCACACUCUCAGGUUCCAUACAUUCCAUGGACAGAAAGAUUGUGGUGGAUGAAAUGCAAAAAGCAAGGAACUAUUUAGCAAACUUGACCUGGCUCCUUCAGGGCACUUUGUUGUGAAAGGAGUGAUUUCUUUUUUUUUUUUUCCUUUUUUCUUUUUUUUUCAGAUAUCGCCCAAUGACCAACACAGUCUUUUGGAACAGAAAGCAAAAUGUUGUAUUUUGGAGCCGUUUUGAUACCCAGCUAUGCAAUAGGAGCUGUCGUUUUAUUGUAGGAGUCAGAUAACCACUAAACCUGUCAUCAUUUGCCUUAAAGAGUCUGUGUGCUCUGUUUGGGGUAGUGGGGCUUAUUGGUGGUUGAAGGGAAAGGUUGUCUUGUCACACUAAUCAGGUGAAAAUGUCUAUGAACUGCCUUCGGUGCGAGGUGGCCUUAUUUCACUCCCUCUGUUUUCUUUGUGCGACUGUUUUCCUUAGUUUUUACAGCACACGUUUAUCUCAUCAGACCAGCACCACUCCUCUCAAGGUUAUUAUUGCCUUUUUUAAAGUAGUUUUGCUAUUGAAGUAUCCAUGUUGUGUCUCGCUGUGUAUGUGCAUUUUGUUUUCUGUUCAUAACUAAAAUUUCUUGUCAUGCUUUUGCUUUUUAAAGAUCGUGAAGGAAACUUUGCAAAGAUGGGAUAAUGAUUUGAAUUAUAUUUUAGAUUAACCUCUUAAGCCCUUAUCAAACAUACUAAAAUUGUUUUUCUCAUGGUGUUGGGGAAAAAAGACAAUUGCUCUUUAGUUGAACAUUGAAUUUUUUUUUUUGUUGUUGUGUGUUGAUGUUUGUAUUUCUUUUUGUUUUUAUAUAUCCACAUCAUACGAUUUCACCCAGGUCUGUUUUUUCCUCCACAUUGAAAAAUGUGCCUUUUACCAAAUAGGAAUCCUCAGAAUCUUAUGGUCAUAAUUUUCAGUCAAUAUUUGCUUAAGUGCCUUUCUGAAAAAAAAAUGUAUAAAUGUAAACCUAUGCUCUCUUGUAAAUAAACGAUAUAUUGGUAA